AAGCCACCCCACUCUUACGUGUCUUUGAUAUCAAUGGCGAUACUGGAAUCGGAAGCAAAGAAGAUGAUUUUAGCGGAUAUUUACAACUACAUCAUGACUAAAUUUCCUUAUUACAACAAUCAAGAUAAAGCCUGGAAAAACAGCAUCAGACAUAACUUAUCUUUAAAUGAAUGUUUCAUUAAAAACGGACGAGCUGAAAACGGUAAAGGAAAUUAUUGGUCUAUCCAUCCUGCCUGUCUUGAAGAUUUUUCUAAAGGAGAUUUC